AUGGACCCUACCGACAAAGGCCAGCCGUACGCCAGAGGCUACGAGCUGCGAGACGUCUCCAGAGCAUCGACUGACCGUCUCACUCUCACAAGUCGUCACUCGUACGAUGAGCACGAUGCGUCGCAACCGCCCUACGAUCACGACGGGGCCGCCAUUCGUUCAAAUCUUACUUCCCCGUCUGACUACAGCUUGAAUGCCCCAACUCACGCGGCCUAUGGCCUGCCCACUGAUGAGUCUGUGACUGAGGGCCAUGACGAGUUUGACCACCCUAGCUAUUCGUCAGGUAGCUACAACGACAACUUCCGCUUCAGCAGACCCCCGAGUGGCUUUUUCGAUUCAAACGCAAACGAGACUUGGGAACAGAGACAGCAGCCUCAAGUGAACGAUCUCAGCGGUGGAGGCCUCAAGCGCCGCCCUACCCGCAAGAUCAAGCUCGCCCAGGGUCCCCAAGGCUCAGUUCUCAGCGUCGACUACCCGGUUCCCUCGGCCGUUCGCAAUGCCACGCAGCCCCAGUACCGCGGCCUGGAGGAAUUCUCACAGAUGCGGUACACGACGGCCACUUGCGACCCCAACGACUUCACCCUACUCAACGGAUAUGACUUGCGCCCGCGCAUGUACAACCGUCAUACUGAGCUUCUGAUCGCCAUCACGUACUACAACGAGGAUAAGGUCCUAUUUGCUCGGACGAUGCACGGAGUGAUGCAAAAUAUUCGUGAUAUCGUCAACCUGCGAAAGUCGACCUUCUGGAACAAAAACGGUUUACCUUGGGAGAAGAUCGUCGUGUGUAUGAUCUUUGACGGCGUGGAGAAGGCCGACAAGAAUGUCCUGGAUGUUCUUGGAACACUCGGCGUGUACCAGGACGGUGUUCUCAAGAAGGAUGUAGACGGCAAAGACGCAACAGCCCACGUCUUCGAAUUUACGACCCAACUCUCAAUCACGCCCGAACAGCAGCUUGUACAGCCCACCGCGAAGGCUGACGACCCGAAGUGCCUGCCACCCGCACAGAUGAUAUUCUGCCUGAAGCAAAAGAACAGCAAGAAAAUCAACUCUCACCGUUGGCUGUUCAACGCGUUUGGUCGCAUCCUGAAUCCUGAGGUCGUGAUCCUAAUCGAUGCUGGCACAAAACCUGGUCCUCGCGCGUUGCUCUCACUCUGGGAAGGCUUCUACAAUGACAAGCACCUCGGCGGCGCGUGUGGCGAGAUCCAUGCUAUGCUCGGCAAACGAGGGAAGAAGUUGCUGAACCCUAUCGUGGCUGUUCAAAACUUCGAAUACAAAAUAUCGAAUGUCUUGGACAAACCCCUGGAGAGCGCCUUUGGUUAUGUCACCGUUCUUCCUGGAGCCUUUUCGGCAUAUCGCUUUCGAGCUAUUAUGGGUCGACCCUUGGAGCAGUAUUUCCACGGCGAUCACACGUUAUCGAAGAUCCUGGGCAAGAAAGGCAUUGACAACAUGAACAUCUUCAAGAAGAACAUGUUUCUUGCUGAAGAUCGGAUUCUCUGCUUCGAAGUAGUAGCAAAAGCAGGCCAGAAGUGGCACUUGUCCUAUAUCAAGGCUGCUAAGGGCGAGACGGACGUUCCUGAGGGACCUGCCGAAUUCCUAGGCCAACGGCGUCGUUGGCUGAACGGUUCCUUUGCGGCUGGCUUGUAUUCCUUGAUGCAUUUCUCUCGAAUCUAUAGGUCAAGCCACAGCAUAGUGCGGAUGUUUUGGCUUCAUGUGCAGCUUCUGUACACCUUUGCCAACAUGUUCUUCAGCUGGUUUUCCCUGGCAUCCUAUUGGCUCACCACCAAGAUUAUCAUGGACCUCGUCGGUACACCUGUUCCCGAAAGUGGCUACCGUGGCUGGCCUUUCGGUAAUACGGCCACCCCUAUCAUCAAUCAAAUCCUCCAGUAUGUCUAUGAGAUCACACUGCUAUCACAGUUCGUUCUCGCUCUCGGCAAUCGACCCAAGGGCUCCAAGAAGAGCUACAUCGCCUCUUUCGCAGUGUUCGGUGUCAUUCAGGCAUAUGUCAUCGUGCUGUCGUUUUACCUGGUAUACCGUGCACUUCAGAAGCCCUUAGGCGAAGAGAUCGACACCAGUUCAGCCGAAGCGUUCUUCCAGAGCAUGUUCGGCGAUGACAGUGUUGCUGGUGUUAUUCUGCUUGCCAUCAUCACGAUCUACGGCCUCAACUACGUGGCCUCGUUCCUCUACCUGGACCCAUGGCAUAUGUUCCACUCAUUCCCGCAGUAUAUGGUCCUGGCUUCCUCCUACAUUAACAUCCUCAUGGUGUAUGCCUUCAACAACUGGCAUGACGUCUCCUGGGGCACCAAGGGCUCGAGUGACACGACUGUCUUGCCAUCUGUCCACGUCAUGAAGGACAAGGAGACCAACGCCAAGGUCAUCGAGGAGGUCGAGAGGGAGCAGGAAGACAUCGAUACCGAGUUCAAGAAGACCGUGUACAGGGCGCUGGCCCCCUUCGAGGAACCGGUGGAAGACGAGAAGCCUGACACAGAGGAUUCGUACAAAUCCUUCAGAACCCGUCUGGUCAUCACCUGGAUCGUAUCCAAUCUGGUAUUGAUCGAGGGCAUUACUACCAACAACUUCUCCUUCUUGGGCGUCAAGCAAGCAUCCGUGGAUCGGACUCCCGAAUACUUCCGAUGGCUUCUCUAUUCGACGGCGUUACUCUCCACCAUCCGCUUCGUCGGCUUUCUCUACUACAUCAGCAAGACGAGUAUCAUGGCCAUUAUCGCGAGAAGAUGA